UGUGUAACUUGAAUUGAUUGUGGCGAAUAUUUAAAAACAUUAGGAAAUUUUGUGGACUAUUAGUUUUAAUUAUUAAACGUCAUGAUUUUUAAUAAUUUAUUUUUUACUUGAUACAAUAAGUAUGGAAUUGUCUGGGGCAGGGAAAUCUCCAAACACAUCAUUAUCAUUUAGGUACAAUGCCAAUAAUGAGGAGUUAGAAGAGCUUUUUAAUGCAUGCGAUGAUGAUCCACCUACACCGCAAACAGAUCCACCAUCGACCCCACAAAAUGAAAAUGCCAGUCCAAAACGUGGUGAUAGAACACCCUCCAUAAUAGACAAGUACUUCAAGUCCAUAAGAACUGAAAAACUUGUGGAAAAAACAGAGGACAUCAAGCCUGUGGAUGCUAAAUCAGAUGAACGUCCAACACCUCCAAAGGAAGUGUCCUCGUCUCCGAUGAAGGACUACCUGAACCGUUUGAGCAAGAAAAAUGUGUCUGAUAUUUCACAAGAAUCAAAAGAAGGUAGCAAUGAAACUUGGAAAAUAUUCCAUGACUUCAAGUUUAAAAUAGCGCAAGCUGUUGAAGAUAUGAAAACUCGAUCAGGAGAUGAAACUAAGGAAAAAUCAGUGCCAAGGGAUAAUUCAAUAUCAGACUCGGAAGAAAAUUCUGCUGUCAAAGAUUCAGAUCAACAAAGUGUUGGAGAUACAGAUAAUCAGGUGUCUUCAUUAGACAGCAGUAUACAAAACUUAUCAGAAAUUACUCAGCCACUAACAGCAAAACCUACUGAAUUGAGUCUUCCUGUAGAUAACAAGAAUAAUUCCGAUUCUAGUGACGAUACACACAAGAAUUUAAAUAACAGUGACUCAAUGGACAUAACAAAAGAGCCAAUGAGCGAAAGCAUGUUGGAUGUAGAGUCCGGAAUAGAAGCUUUAGAAGACAAUAUAGAUGGUUUUGGAGACAUCACAAGCUGUGAUACAAUUGGUUUUGAGAAUACUAAACCCUACGAACCAAGUCCGUCACCUCCUCCAAGCCCAACCAACUCUGGCUUACCACCGAGCAAAACGAAUUUACAAAAUCAAAACAAUCCAAACAGACCAAAGACUUAUUUUUUUAACUUUACAAUGUAUUUACUUACGUUUCUGCUAUUGGUGAACUAUAUGCUCUUCCCCAAUUCGAAUAUCUGGAAUGGUUUCUUAUUAGGGAUAUGGUUCUUUUGUUUCGCAAGCAACGCUAAACAUUGGUUGUUAGACAAUUAUUUCAGUGACUGGGAACCACAGAAGGGUAACUUCUUCCAGUUAAAACGAAGCAGCACUACACCAAUUACAUACACGAUUCCGUCGGUUAAAGAGCACAGGCCUUUGAAAAAGUAUGAGGGCUGGAUAAAUCACUACAGGUAUCCGGAUUACGAUCCUUACACCUACCACAUAAACAAAACGACGACAGCAUUCAUGAAACUAGAAGGAUGCAAUUUAAGGAUAUCGUACACUAGAACGAAGAUCGCGAAGAGAGCCCUUUGGGAUGAAAAAAUUGAUAAAGUAAUGUUCUAUCAGCACAGAUUGUACAAUCUCUCUGGUGCCCGUAUCAUAUUACUGCCGAAAGGACUUGUCAAGAGAAGACAGUGGAGCAAAAAAUACCCAAUAUGUGUAAUUUUAAACGAAAAAGAAAAGAUUCAAGUUUUAGAAAAAGAAACCACUGCAUCGGAGCGUAAAACUUCGGAUGCCGCCAACGAAAAGAAGAAAGAAACACCGGAAACCGAAAGCGCUGAAACUAACACAAGCCCAGAGAAGAAACGGAAAUUUGUUUGGCGGAGACGUGAAAAGAGCAUCUCACAACCGGAAACGGAAACCGGUAAAGAAGGCUUAAGACAAAGAUUUGCAAGGAAGAUGCAUAAAGAUAAGAAAGCGGAAACGCCCACGGAAACGGUGGAUUCCCAAACGCAAAGUCAAGGGCAAAGCGAUGACGUCACGCUCAAUGAUAUCGAAAUGGAAGUCAGCAAAUCGGCGACCAGCACCAAGGAUGAUUUGGACGAGGACAUCGACGAGAAUGAACUGUCGAAGAUCAAGGAGUUUUUGGAAGAGGCUGAAAUGGAAACGGGCGCAGACGGCACGACAGAAGGAGAAUGGAGCGUCCACGUGAAACAUUCUAAAGACAAGCAUUCGCAUUUGUAUCUAUUCGCUCGGACCGGACGCGACAAACACGAGUGGUUCCGUAGAUUGAGUACGGCAAUAGCUGAAGCUAACGCGGCUUCCUCGGACUCGUCCGGUCCCGACGACAAAUCGAACGACACGAAUGAGAACAAAGACGGCAUCGAGCUCGCCGUCUACAAGUUCUCCGAGAAGGACACGGUCGCCUUCGCCAAAACAUCGAACAAGUCUGACACCGGCUCCGAGGGUGUUACGAUUUCGUCGCUGGGGCAAACCCUACCGUCAGAUUCGGAAGCCUACGAGAAAAACUUCUGGCCGUAUCUGAUCAAGAUUAUACAGCCAAAAAGUCCGUCACCGGACUGCGAGUGCCGCACCCUGCCCGCGGAACUGACCUGGGUCAACACGGCGCUGGCUCGCGUCGCGUACGACGUGAUGCGGGACCCCGUCAUCAUAGCGCGCGUGCAGAACAGGAUACAGAGAAAGCUCAACACUCUAAAGCUGCCGUCGUUCAUGUCCCCGCUGACGGUGACGUCACUGUCGCUGGCGGGCGCGUGCCCGGCGCUGGGCGGCGUGGCGGCGCGCUGGGACGCGCGCGGCGUGUGGCUGGACGCCGACCUGCGCUACGACGGCGGCGCCCACAUCGCGCUACUCACGCAGAUCAACCUCAUGAAGCUGAAGGAGAAGAAUAUGACAUUGGAGGAGCAACUCCUCGAGCACAGCGAGAAUGUCGUCGAAAGCGACACUUGCGCCACACCGACUUGUGGAGCGUUUUCUGAAAAACAACUCAGAAAAAGGAAACCAGCGAUAUACGAUUCCGAUAUAGAAGACUCCGCAGAGUCGAGCAGCGACGACGAGAGUCCGCCGGUGCAGCCCGUCGACAGCGCUGACAACCUAACGGUAUCGGAGUCUCCAUCUACGACGACAGAAGGUGGAUCGUCCAAAAAGAAAUUCUUACGGAUGGUCGAUAAGAUUGCAACCAACAAAUACUUCCAGCAGGUAACCGACUACAAGUAUGUGAAGCGUGCAAUGGAGGGACUGUCCAACACGGAUAUAAAACUGCAUCUAGAAAUACAAGGUCUAGAGGGACGCCUGUCAUUUAAUCUCCCGCCUCCGCCGCACGAUCGAGUAUGGAUCGGUUUCCGAACGAAUCCUCAACUGGUGCUAAAAGCGCGUCCCGCGGUCGGCGCGCGCACGUUACGUUUCACGCACAUCUCCAACUGGAUCGAGCAGAAGCUGAGCAAAGAAUUCGAAAAGGUCCUCGUUUUGCCGAACAUGGAGGAUAUCAUUAUCGACAUAAUGACGCCAACACCGGUGCAGUUUGAGUGAGUACUUUUUUAACCCAAAACGUGUUUUUUAAAAGAGUUCGGAAUAUUAAAAAAAAAAUUACUCUUAACAUUGGGGUUUUUCUGAAUUAAGAAGCCAAGGGUUUUUUUGUUAGGUUAAGGCAUCCUUAUAAGUAGUGAUAUACAAUUAAAAAAAAACUUUACAAAAAAUGAAACGCAAAUAGAAAAAUAUUUAAUUGUCUAUGCACAUAACAAAUUGUUUAUUUGAUGUUAUAAAAUUAAAAUUCUAUGCAAAUUUUCAUGUACCUAUCUAAAACGAAAUUGUAGUUUAUUUUUUAUAAUUGGAAAAGUAUGUAAUGAGAAUAUUUUUUUAUUAUUUUGGAUGUGGCAGGGACGUAAUUAGAAAUUAAAUUGUACUAGGAAAUUAAGUUAGCGAACUUGUUUUUAUUUAAUAAAAAAGACAAUGAAAACAUUAAAAACAACGAGACAUUGUAAACAAAUGCGUCGCUAAAGUUAAUUAUGUAGCUAUGAUAUAAUUAACUAAACAGUAAUAUUAUGCUAAAGGCGAAACAGUUCCGACAAUACCACAAUAUAAUUGAUUUUUAUUUUAUGAAAUAUUCAUAUUUUUUUAACUUCUGAGUCUCAUAAGUCUCAAAAUAAAAUUCGAUUUUUAGAUUGUUUUUCGUUACAAUUAUAUUAUUUACAUUAUUUCGAAAAUUAUUUUAAAUAAUGAGUUUGGAUUAAUUAAUUUUUACCAUUUAAGAACCUUGCCUUCUUUCACAUGAAUUAUUGUAAUAAUAUAUUAGUCUUCUCAUAAUAAAACGUAUAUAACAUUAUAAAAAGAUAUUUCUGAGCAUUUCUGAGGUUUGCUUCCACUGCAAUUUAUUUUUAAAAAAAAAUUGAGUUUUCUGCUUCCAAUGCUGAACCCGUGAUUUAAAAAAAAACAAUAAUGGUUAAUCAUGCUUAGACCAACUCCAUUCAUAGUCGUACUUCAUAUAAUCGUCGCCGGCUCGUUUACAAUCUCGUAUUUCCACAAUUUUGUGCAGGAUUUUUAAACCUAUGUCUCAAUCACAACUUUAUUACCGCAAUGUGAAUAUUCAGAUUAUAUGUUUAGAAUCUGGGACGAUUAUAUCUGCCAAAAAAUGUUUUCGGAAUAAAUAAAAUACUAGCGAAUAACAUAACCCUAAAAGUGUAUUGUUGUUAUUGUAUACUGACUAGUAGGUAUUUCAGAAUUAAUUCAUUCAGUGUUAGGUAUCAGUCGGUUCAUAAAAGUAUAGUUACAAUUUAAUUAAAAAAUAUAUACACCUGCAUAAUUAAUCGUCUGAAUAUAUAAAAUUAGUAUGAAAUAUUAUAUACUUUCUUAGAAUUUACUUGGCGAUCUGUAUGUAACUUAUUUCAAAACAAUGCUCUAUCUGAUGGAUAAAAUUUAACGAUAUACAAGGUGAUAAUUCAGCGUCAGCUACUGAAUAAAGCUUUCGAUAAUUGUUCGUGAGCUUAUAAGCCACCUAAUUCCAAAAGGUUUCAAAUUGUCACUAUAAUAGUUUUAAAUGAUAAAAUUUAUUCCGUGAGUAGCUGGAAUUGCCCCUUAGGCCAUUACCGGUGAUUAGGCAAGGAAUUUUUUUUUAAAAGAU